AUGGCAAGAGCCAGACUUCAUUGUAUUUUUGUGUUGUUAUUAUACUCUCAGAGCAGUUAUGGACAGCAAGCAUUGGGCAAUAAUCAAAAUUGUGGCAUGACUAAUUCUAAUGGUAUUCAGCAACAAAAUCUACAGCGGUCUCCGAGGAAUUUCAAUCAAAUUCCAAAUGGUGUCGUAAAUGUCAAUUUGUCUCAGCAGCCUAAUUCACAACAAGCUAAUUUUCAAUUGCCUUCAGCCUUGUUUAAUGAAAAUCAAGGAAAUCUACAGCAACAACUAAAUCUACCGCCUACUUUGCAAUCCCAAUCUUCGCCUGGAAAUCAAAAUAACUUCCAAAUAACCAAAGUUGGAUUUACUCCAGUUGCAUCAGGAAUGGUAGGCAAUCCAUCUACUUCGCCGCAAGAAUUUCAAAAUGCAGGUGUUAAAACAAAUGUGCAAAUGAAUGCAGGAUCCCAGGGAAUGGGUCAAAUGGCUAACACACCUAUCUCAAUAUCAACCCUCGCUGAGUUAGCAUCUUUAAAGGGACAACCAUCCUUACUAUCUAUUUUAAAUCCCCAAAACAAUGGACAAUCACAACAUAAUUCACAGAUAAUGUUGAAUUCGCAAAAUCAACUAACUGAUGCUCAGAAACAGUUCUUAGUGAGAUCACUUCAAGGACAGAAUCACCAAGGAAUAAACGUGAUACAAGCUCAACCAAGAGUAGUGAGCAUAGAUAACCAACAGCCAUUAACCGUUCAUGCUUUAUCCCAACCCCAACAAGGCCAGGCUAUAGUGACAUCUUUGGGUAAUCAACCAGCAUAUAUAACAGUCCAAGCUCAACCGCUAACUACGUAUCUUCAAAAUCAAACACCAAAAGUUGUAGUAGAAGAAGAACCCUCAAUAAUGUCUUUAAUUUUAUCAGAACUAGGUCCUCAGUACGCUGUUAACUCUGGCUAUAUUCCACCAAAGAAGGGAUCGAAAAAUAGCCUAAAAGCUCUCAUUCCUUUGAUAAUAAAUUUGAUUAAGGAGAAAAAUAAUUGUGGCUGUCGGAAUUGCGGAUGUCCAAACAACUGUCACAAUGUUAGUUCAAGCAAAUUGGAGUUAGAACCCCAAAUGGCUCAAAUAUUUGGAGGGUAUUCUAACCAGAAAUAUUAUAGUCAAAACUCAGAUUAUUCAGCUAGAGUCAAGAAGAAUGACGAGGAUGAGUCUAGUGAUGAUAAACAAGAAAGUAAAAACAAAAAAACAGUGAGUGUUGCAAGUGCAGAGAUUUCAGAAGAAGAAGAUAAUUCGGAAUACGUAGAUGAAGAAGAUUAA